AUGGAAUUCAAAGGAGGUGCAGGAAGUACAAGAGGCAUAUGUGAGGCCGCGGCCAACACCCAAUGGGAAGGUGGUAUUAAUAGCAUCAAAGAACAAAGGACAGAGAGGGUUUCCCUCAGCAGGGAUCUCGUAAAAAACAAAAAAUGGAGAGGAGUCUUCUUUCCAUAUGCAUGGAGCACCAUUAUCAGUGAUGGAGCCGACAAUGCAAGAUGUACAAGAAUUGUUUAUAGGCUUAACAGCCGCAGCUACAUAAGAUUGAGACAAUGGUACACCAUGUGCCAUGACCAGCUUUACACAUGUGUGGAGUCAAAUAAAAAUGAUGGAGAUAUGGUUCUUCAGCACUUUUGGUGUGCUGAUCUGACCUGGGAUAUUGAAAAGAGUUUUUUGAAACCAAGGUUUUAUUUUUAUAUGUUUUAUAUGGAGCUUUAA